CAACCAUAUCAGCAACCAAGCUUAUAAAUGAUGCUCUACGUUAUAACACUCAACAAAAGUUUGUUAUGAAUUGGUGAUUUAUAUGAAAGAAGAUUUCCAAUCCCGUGCAGACACAUCCAAACCCUUGAUAAGAAAGUCAUCAGAAAUGAAUCAGGAAACGGCACAGUAUUCCAAUAGAACGUUUUUAUUCUCAAUGCUGUCUCUAACGAAUGAAACUACAACGAAAAGCUGGAACAAAUCAAAGAACGUCUCCGACGAUCUCUUUCACACUAACAAUUUUCAAAACCAUUCCUCUUUUUCAUUCUUUCUGUUUAAUUUAAAAACUAUUGCAGAGACCUCGGAAGGAUAUGAGAAAUCAAUCACGAUCCUCACAAUUAUUAUCGGAUUACUGGGGUUCAUAGGGAAUAUUGUGACUAUCUUAAAAAUUUUAUGCGACAAACAGUUUCAUACUCCAACAUUUAUUCCCAUCGGAUGCCUUGCAUUGCCAGAUACUCUAAAUAUCAUGAUUAUUUUUGUACGAAAAUUUUCCAAUUUGGUAAAUUAUGUUCAGUUUCAGCAUGAUUAUAAGGAGAAUAUUUUCGAGUUUUUAACUUAUUUUUUUCUAACCGAAACUUUUUAUUCAUGUUCAACUGGACAUAUUCUGUUCCUUACUUUGAUCAGAUAUUUGUUAAUAGUCCAUCCGUUACAGAGCAAGAUGAGACUAACUGUGUCGAUUGUCAUGACAUGUUCUGUAAUGAUUUGGAUAUAUUCAUCACUUUUGACAGCUUUCAUAUUAAUAAUGAUAACAACAAUUUAUAAAGAUCCAAUUGAUCGUUCUAAAAUGGUUAUUACCACAUUAAAUUUUGUUAGUAUUUUAAGGAGCUUACUUGCUUUCUGUGCAAUCAUUAUUAUACAUAUCAAAAAGGUGAAGGCUCUAAAAAUGUCUUCCGUUACAAACAACAUCCUUAGAAGAAUGAAUGUUAUUAUUUGCAUUAUACUAUCAGUUUAUGUUUUCUCUCUUAUUCCAUUAACGGAUUAA